AUGUCCUUGAAGCAGGAAAUCGAAACAUGGGUGCUGGCUCUGGAAUACUACGACAACCAGCAAUAUGAAGAGGCCAUUCAAGUCUUCGAUGGUAUCGCGGAUACCUCCAAGAUUCUCUUCAACUGCGGUGUUAUCUGCGCUACGUUGGGAGAACACGAACGAGCAGUCGAGUGCUAUCAACGUGCUGUUGGACUAGACCAAUACCUUGCUAUUGCCUAUUUCCAGGAAGGCGUCUCGAACUUCCUUCUGGGUGAUUUCGAGGAGGCAUUGGCUAAUUUCAACGAUACCCUGCUCUACCUUCGAGGUAACACAUCUAUUGACUACGAGCAGCUGGGCCUCAAGUUCCGUCUCUUCUCUUGCGAGGUGCUUUUCAAUCGGGGUCUAUGCUACAUCUACCUCCAGCAGAUGGGUCUGGGUCUCCAAGAUCUCGAGUUCGCCUCGAAGGAGAAGGUUACACAGGACCACGACGUGAUCAACGAUGCGAUCCGUGAAAGGGCAGAGGGUUACACUGUCUUCUCCAUCCCCGUCGGGGUAGUCUACCGACCAAACGAAGCCAAAGUCAAGAACCUGAAGACCAAAGACUACUUAGGAAAAGCAAGAUUGAUUGCCGCCUCUGACAGAAGUAACACCCCCAUGGCACUUAGCCGCCAGCAUUCCGAGCCACCCCUGAACCGCAGUCUCUUCCCACCAACACCCCCACCAGACACAGACAAGUCCAGCACGCAUAGCUCGAAUAAUAGCCAAGGAGGCACACUACCAGCAGGUCGAUCCGCGUCUGUCCGCGCAGCACGUCCCCCGCGACUGGACCUGGAUCGGCCUGGUGCCAAUGUUAGUGGCGGCCGGCCAAAUGGUAAUGAAGCGAGCGAAAAGCCACGGAUUGGAACUACGCGCGCGGCAUCUGAGACGAGAGGACAAUUCGCCCGACAAGAGCAGCAAUCACGAGGGUUAUAUAUCCAGAACAUGGGACGACAACCCGGGCACUGGGAAUCAACGGGGCAUAGGCGAGGGAUGAGCGAUACAGGGUAUAUGCCACCGAUGGAAGACGGAUAUACAGAAGAUCCCUACGGUCACUAUGCACCAGCCCGUCAAUCUCUAGUCAUGAGCACUGGCGGCCAAUCUCGAAGAAUGAUGCCACGCCAACAGAUCCAACAAUACAUCGACGAAGAAGAAGAAUACGCCAGCGACGCUUGCGAAGAGGAGGACGCCGCCUUCAACAACGAAGAGUUCGAGAUAGUAGGUGCCUUAAGGCAACGCGGACAUGCACCAAAUACCCGAGUCUCGCGGCGGAGCUACACGCGGCGCCCCGAAAUCAACAAAUUUCGCAUCAAGGUCCACGCACUGGAAGAUAAGCGGUAUAUUAUGGUUGGACCAACAAUCCAGAUUGCGGAGUUCGAGAAAAGGAUCCGCGAUAAGUUUGGGUUCCAGUCACCGUUGAAGUUGAAGAUGCGGGAUGAUGGGGAUAUGGUCUCGAUGGUGGAUCAGGAGGAUCUGGAUUUGCUCUUGAUAUCGGCGAAGGAAUUUGCUCGACGGGAAGGGAGUGAGAUUGGAAAAACGGAGAUCUGGGUGGAGGUGUUGUCUAUGAUUUGA